AUACAAAAAAUUAUAAUUAAAAUUGUUCAAAUAAGCUAUUUUUAAAUUUUUAUUUUAAAAAUAUAAAAGUGCUUUUGUUUUUAUAAAUGGAAUUAAUAAAGUUUUUUAAAAUUAUUCUGCAGAAAAAUAUAAUCCAAAAAUAAAUAAAAAUUAUUUUAUGAAAAAGUGUACUUUUCAGGUUAAAAAACUUAAGUGAAACAAAUAAAAUUAAUUAAGAUGCAUUAAAAUUUUACAUUAAUGAUUUAAAAAAAAAGUAAUUUUCGAAAGGCUCAACGCUAAAAAUAACAAAUUAGGAAAUUUCUGAAAACCAGUGAAGUAAAAAGGCGCGUUGCUCAUACGCCACGACAAACCAGCGGCUUCCACAUAAUAAAUUACCGCGAGCACCAAAGUAUAGAAAUUGCGUGUGUUGGUAUACCAACCACCUACCUGCAACUAUCUACACCAACUAAAGGCCGCAACCAACGCGCGGAAUGUCAGUUCAAAGAGUGAUUGCGAAUUAUUGAAGUGAUUAAAUAAGCACAGAGCAGAGCAACUAAUUAAAUGAAGCUAAUUUGUGCAAGUGCGGGUAGUGUCUAUAAAGCGUAAUUAAAUAAAACAGGUGCACAAAAAAUCAAAGACAACACCUUGAAUACACAAACAACAAAAACAAAGAGCUUGAGUGUCUAGCGGCAGCAUGACUGAGAACAAGGAUAAACACGCCGCCAGCAGUGGCGGCAGCACAGAAAUCGCCAGCAGUCACAAUACUAACGCGCAAGGCCAUAACACGAACGACGGCGGCAGCACUAACAAGCCGAAGGAUAAGAAAAAUGACAACGAAACGACAGUCGCGCUGAGGGACACGCAGCUUGAGCGCGAAAAGGAUAAAGAGCCGCAUGACAGAUGCGCUCACAAGGAUGAAUUCGGCACGCAACGUGUCUACAAGAAGACUUCACCAAAUUGUGUGCUCACACUCUAUUUACCCUCGCGAGAGAUCACACUUUCCGGCAAUAAUCCAGCUAUAUUGCGAGGCAUCAUUUAUGUGGAUCCAAAGGCGAUACAAGGUUACAGAGUUUAUGCACAAUUGACGUUGACUUUCCGUUACGGCCGCGAAGAUGAGGAGGUGAUGGGCUUGCGUUUCUGUAAUGAGGCUAUUAUGUCGCUACAUCAAGUCUGGCCAAGGAAUGAGGAGCCGGCGCGUGAGUCUCUCAGUCCACUACAGGAAGCCUUAGUGAAGCGUCUUGGUGAUGGCGCACACCCAUUCACACUCACCCUAACGCCACAAGCGCCACCCAGUGUGCAAUUAGUGCCGGCAAAACGUUACUAUGGCGCACCGAUCGGCACCAGCUAUGAUGUGCGCUGCUUUAUAGCGGAUAAAACAGAUGAGAAAUUCCACCGGCGCGCCUCAGUCAAAAUGGGUGUGCGCGUUAUCUAUCGCACCGAUGUGUAUCAGCAGUCGAAUGGACCAGAGAAUUUCGCCGCGCUCAUCAACAAUCAGGGCGCCUCGCCGCCAUUGACUGCGGCGCGCACAUCACCGCCCGCAACGCUUGGUGAUACUGGCGCGCUCAAUGCUCAAAAUGGCAACACAACACCCGGCUUGUCGUCGAUGCUGGGCGGCAGCGGCAGCGCUGAUAGUAAUACGAGCUUUGAGGGUGCUACCACCGCCAGUUCUGGUGCAACCACACAGAGUCACGCCAAGCCGCGUAAGUCGGAGCGUGGCGAUUCGUUUCCCAAGCUGCGCCUCUCGCCGAAGUCUUUUCGCUUUAGCGGUCGUUUUGGACGCAGUAAAAGCGAGAUUGAGAAGUGCCCCAGCGAUCCGUUCUACAAUUAUAGUAAAUCGUUUCAAGAGUAUGAUUGCACUGCUAUUGCCGGCGGCAUCGGCGCUGUCGGCGUUGGUGGCAUUAGCGGCGCACCACUCAGCGCCUCACCCGGUGGCGGCUGCACGGUCGGUGGUGUGAUUGGCGGUAAUGCAGCAUGUGCGCUUAGCGGCGGCGGCGGUGGACCACAAGGCGCCGUGGACAAGCCAUUCCUCUUGCAGGACGGACGUGUCGGCUUGCGGGCAAGCCUCGAUAAGGCCUGGUAUACGCAUGGCGAGGAUGUCUGCGUGACGGUGAACAUCAAGAAUGACAGCCGCAAGACGGUGCGGAAAGUGCGGGUGUGCGCCAUUCAACAUGUCGACGUCUGUAUGUUCAACAAUGGGAAAUUCAAAAAUAUUGUCGCCGACUCGGACACCUCGCCCGUGGACCGCACAGUAGCGCCCGGCAGCACGAUGAACACCACAAUCAUACUAAAGCCACAACGUGGUCAAACGAAAAACUGGAUAGCGCUCGAAGACACUCUGCAGCGCAGCACAGAGCCCGAAGAGAUCACCGGCGUCAUUGCUGCCUCAGCGAUACGCUCACCAAAUCUUAUACUUGCGCCCGGACAGGCCAUUAACCCUUGCCCCAGUCCGGCUGUGGGCAUACCGCAACCCAGCGGCUAUCAUGGACACGGUGUGUCCGGCGUUGUGGGCGACGACCGCAACGUCUUCGCCAUUUAUGUAUCGUACUAUGUGAAGGUCAAAUUGACUUUGAGUGGCAUGGGUGGCGAACUGUCACUAAAGUUGCCCUUCGUGCUGGUGCAUGUCGAAGAGCCUCGAGUGGAGCACAGAGUGGAACGACUUGCGCUAGACGAUGUGCCGGCUGGUAAACGUAAUGGCAACAAAACAAAAAGCGGCGCUAUCACGGCGACGUCCGGCAUAACGGGAACCACACCACGCAAAGAUGGCAAUGGACGGCUCAGCGCGCAUCCGAAACAACUUGAUCGCAUCGAAUCGGUAGACGAUGAGAUACGUUUGCCAAUACCGGAGGCAGCAGGGCCAACUACUGCGCCAGCUGCCAGCAGCAAGCGCAAGCUUGUGCGCAGCGAAACAUUAGCUAAAGAUUUGGACGAGGAAAUCGAAGAGCAAACAGAGGCAGAAGCGGCGAAAGCAACGCUAAGCACCGAAGAGAGUUUACCGCAUGACGGUGAAGAGUUGGAGCAAGUGCAUAUAGUGCAAAUACAUUCACAUGUAGCGGAGAGCAUUGAAAAAGAAACGGUCGAGGAACCGCAAGAGGUGUCAGACAAAAAAGAGCAGGAAAUUGUAGAGUCUGUGGAACCAGAGGAAGAUAUAAAGCAGUCACAAGAUGAAGCAGCAAAUGAUGAAGCGGAAGAUGAAGAAAAAGUGGAGCCAGAUUCAAGCGUGGUGGAAGAGACGCCUAACGUCGAUGAGCAUCACCCUCAUUCCUCACAUGUGUGAUUCUCAUUUCUGCGCGGCAUGUUUCACAAGAAACGGCAAACAAAGUGAGGUACUUAGCAGAGGAAUAUUCGCUCUUUUGAAAGAGAAUAAGAGAGAGAAAAGAGAGAAAGAGUAUAGAUUUUAAUAAGAAGGAAUACAUACAAA